AUGGCACGUGCAAGUACCGGGCUGCUCUGCUGCCGCACCCCCACGCCGGCACCACGAAACCCUCAUGCCCACGUAGCUGCGGCCAUAUUGGGGAAUUUUACUAUAACCCAUAGUAUAGGCUAUCCAACAUUUUACAUGCCCGGCGCCCUGGCGGCGUGCGAAGACUCCUGUGACAAGCUGCCCGAGGAGCCCGUGUGCGACAAGUACGACAACUGGUACAGAACCAGUUGCCAUGCACAGAGGCGCGGUGCCCUGGACCAGCUAUUUACAGGGGGGGAUGGUCCCAGCACCGUACCCAUCGGCAAGUGGCUCUUCGUGCUGGACACCGCCGCCACCUACACGUACCCUCAGGCCCAGGCCGCCUGCAGCAGGAGGGGAAUGGAGCUGGCUCCGCUGACGCUCAAGGAGAGCACUGAGGCCCUAUCCAGGCUGUGCGAACCGCGCGGCAUGGACUGCUGGUACGGCGACCGCCCGGGGGCCUCAUGGUGCCCGAUGUACGACACCUCGGUCCGCGGCGGUGUCACGGCAAAGUCGUGCACUUCUUCGCGGGCUUUCGCAGUCUGCGCUGUCAGACAGUCAGGAGCACAACAGCAGCAGCAGCAGCAGGAGAAGAAGAAGGAGCAGCAGGACAAGAAGCAGGACAAGAAGGAGCAGGGGAAGAAGAAGGAGCAGCAAGGGAAGAAGCAGGACAAGAAGGAGCAGGGGAAGAAGAAGGAGCAUCAAGGGAAGAAGAAGGAGUAG